CUUCCAAUCCAAACACACAUCAACCUGCUGAUAAUCAUCGCGGCGCCAGUAUUCGUCACGCAUCUCGUUUUUUCUCUUUUUUCUUUUUUGUCUCCUUUUGCAGCGCGAAGCAGAGCAUCUGAUCGACUCAUCAAUCCAUUACAUGCCAUUCCAAGAAGAGGCGAAGGCGAGGUCGUCUCCUCCCCCCUCCACCUGCGCUCUCCAAACCAACCCUACCCUCUCUCUCUCCACGACGCGAUGCGCGCGGGCGACGCGCCGGGGCGGCCUCGCCGGCGCCCGGAUCUCACCCUCCCGAUGCCGCAGCGGGACGCGCCCACGUCGCUCGCCGUGCCGCUCCCGCUCCCGCCGCCUGCGUCCGCGCCCGCGCCCGGGGCGCUGCAGCAGCACCAGACGCCGGCGGGCGCUGCACCGGCGGCGCAGCCGCCGCUGGCGGAGCUGGAGCGGGUGCGGAGGGUGGGGAGCGGGGCCGGGGGGACGGUGUGGAUGGUGCGGCACAGGGGCACGGGGAAGGAGUACGCGCUCAAGGUGCUGUACGGGAACCACGACGACGCGGUGCGGCGGCAGAUCGCGCGGGAGAUCGCCAUCCUCCGCACGGCGGAGCACCCGGCGGUGGUGCGGUGCCACGGCAUGUACGAGCGGGGCGGGGAGCUGCAGAUCCUGCUCGAGUACAUGGACGGCGGGUCGCUCGACGGCCGCCGCAUCGCGGACGAACGGUUCCUCGCCGACGUCGCGCGCCAGGUGCUCUCCGGCAUCGCCUACCUCCACCGCCGCCACAUCGUCCACCGCGACAUCAAGCCGUCCAACCUCCUCAUUGACUCCGCGCGCCGCGUCAAGAUCGCCGACUUCGGCGUCGGUCGAAUCCUCAACCAGACCAUGGACCCCUGCAACUCCUCCGUCGGCACCAUCGCCUACAUGAGCCCCGAGCGCAUCAACACCGACCUCAACGACGGCGCCUACGACGGCUACGCCGGCGACAUAUGGAGCUUCGGCCUCAGCAUCCUCGAAUUCUACAUGGGCAGGUUCCCCUUCGGCGAGAAUCUUGGCAAGCAGGGUGACUGGGCCGCGCUCAUGGUCGCCAUCUGCUACUCCGAUCCCCCGGAGCCGCCCGCCGCCGUUUCGCCGGAGUUCAGGAGCUUCGUCGGCUGCUGCCUGCAGAAGAACCCGGCAAAGCGGCCGUCCGCCGCGCAGCUGAUGCAGCACCCGUUCGUCGCCGGACCGCAGCCGCAGCCGCUCGCCGCCCCUCCCUCAUGACUGCGACGAAUCUCGAAUUGUUCUUUCAAAUCUUGUCAAUCCUCUGGGAAUCUCACAAAGCAAUUAAUUCCCAGCCAUUUCGAGCUCCCCAUUCCAUCCACCACCAUCGUCUUCAUCUAUUGCUGCUGAUGAUUCUGCUUGCUGCUGCCCCCAACUCAAAGGUUUCUCUCCACUCAUGUUCUUUGAUGUUGUUUUAUCCUCAGUGAUCAUCAAAUAUUGGGUAAAUCUGGUGUGUAGAAAGGAUUUUUUUUUUAAGUACA